AUGGCCUAUAUUUCAUUCUUUCAGAUAAACAGUGUAGAUUAUUCCUCUGAUGGUUUGACCAUGAUAACGUCUAGCGACGAUGAUUCAAUUUUCAUAUACAGUAUGCAAACAGGAACAAGAACCCGAAAUGUAAAUAGUAAGAAAUACGGUGUUGAUCUCAUCAAAUUCUCCCACAAUACCAGUAAUGCAAUUCAUUGCUCGACAAAGGUUGAUGAUACAAUCCGCUACCUAUCUCUUCAUGACAACAAGUAUAUAAGAUAUUUUCCCGUUUUGAAGAUGUUUCUGACAAUACCUAAUUUUCUUAUGAAUCCUAUUGAUGAUACAUUUCUGUCCGGCUCUUUGGACAAAACAAUCAGGCUGUGGGACUUGAGAUCCCAAAAUUGUCAAGGGCUAAUGCAAGUGAACGGGAAAGCAAUUGCCGCGUUCGAUCCUGAAGGGCUGAUAUUUGCCGCGGGUAUAAACAAUGAGCAAGUGAAACUGUAUGACCUGCGCUCGUUCGAUAAGGGCCCGUUUACGACAUUCAAACUCGAAGCUGAGCGCUCGUGUGAGUGGACUGGCAUGACUUUCUCUCCGUGCGGAAAGUACAUUAUGAUUAAUACAAAUGGAGCCCUUAUAAGGUAUUUGCUAACUUCGUUUCAAGAGGCGUUGGAAGCAUCAUUCUCACCUGAUUCACAAUUUGUUUUUUGUGGUUCUUCAGAUCGUUGUAUUCAUGCUUGGUGCACAGAGACAGGUGCGCUCGUUGUUGUCGCUGAAACUUCUUAUUUAUCAUAG